UCUUAAAAUUUGCCGAGUUUAUUUGGAAGCACUUUAAGUUUCUCUAUAUGAACGACCCAUUUUCAAUUUUUUUGUGGCAAUGCGCCGUUGGAAUUUUCUGCAAACUUCUAAAAUUGUGAUCAUUUCCGCAUUUUAAAAACGUCUCUGCUUACAGGCAAAACCUUCCAACUGAAUCCUCUUUUCUUUAGCGAUCGGAUAGGUCGGUACGUUAUAACAACCUAUAGGUAGGACAUCCCUCAUCCCUCGUAUUGCUUAAAUAUUUUUCACAUGAUAGAUGUGAUGUAUACGAUAGAAAAGCUGAAAACAGUGCCAUUAAUUUACUCUCAUGAUCUCAAGUUUACAAGCGUGGGAAGGAAAACGUUUAGCUAGUUUUUUUAUUAGUUUUUUCUUAUACACUAUUCGGCUGUACACUUUGUGAGAAAACCUUGUCGGAUUCACCUCUGAAGUAUCACAUCAGGAAUUUGCAUAAGGAACCACCUAUUACCAUAUAGACAAGUACAUAGCACCAAGUCCCUGCAAAACUGCAUGCCUAUCAUAAAACGAUGUCACCUUUUAAAAUUAAAAAAGUUGUGGACAACGAAUUGCGACCUGUUCAAAGUAGUUGUGUAGAUAAGCCCAUAGGUUAGAGAGUCUUACAACUGAUAGCUUAUAGCGUUGAUUCUGAACACGCGAUACACAGCAAUGCCCUUCCACUUGUUAAAUGUAGCUACCACAAUUGAAUGAAGCAACUACAAUUGAACAGUAAUCUCGAACAUUUACUUUGAUUGUGUGUCUGCCAUUGAUGGAUAAUACAUUUAUUUUUCAUUUAUCAUCUUCCCAUUUCUCCUACGUUGUCUUGCCAGCACACUAUGACUCUCGUUUAGAUUAGAACCUUUGUUCUUGUAAUGACGCUGUGGUAACCUGUUCGAUUAGCAAAUUCGUUCUUCGAAGUAAACUCGUUAUAGUCUUAUUGUGCCCUCAUCCUCUCAUUUCUGUUGGAGCCAAUUCUUAUCAACCUCCUCUUGUUAACAAUUAUCUUUUUCUCAUUCGUUAAACUCUCCGCGUUAAGUGCCUAGACAUGACUAAUCUACCCUAGAGUCUAUCGCAUUUUUCGCUGCAGCAGCAGCAGCCUUUGAUUAAUAAGAAGACUUCUGCUUAACCAAUGUCCUUUCCCACAUCCAUCGGCGUUAAUCUUACUUAUUUUUGUACGUGCUCCGCACGUCAGCUGUUAUCACUGCAACCAUUGUAACCGGCGCUUUACUUCACUUUUGAGUCAUUUGUUUGUGCUGGCAACCCACCGUUACAACGCGAAUAGCUGCUGGAUAACCAUUAUAACUAUUUACCUUCUCAGAAACAUCUGCCAGUCGCCAGAUGUCGCUGGCAUCGCCUUGAGUCAGCUAUGGCAGCAGAAAGACCUCUAUUUGUUUGUCAGGAUUGACCGCUGCGUCUUUUUAUUUUGUGUUACGUGUUUUUAGCUCUACAGCGCAGUGUUCCUUGCGACUGCCUGCUAUCACCUUCGUCUGCUGCUUGUACUGAGCCUCUUUCCAGCCACUACCGCUGCUAGCUUUGCUGCUACGCGAGUAGUGAGUGCGCAGCUCUGCGCGCCAGAUUGCCCUGUCCGGGCGUCUUUUGUCUGUAUGUGUGUGUCACUCUGUGGCCGUGUGGAUGACCCUUCUCGUUGUUACGGUCAACCGUAUGGUGGCUCAUUGGUAGACCGCCUGCUCGCUUUGGCCGCACGACCGCUAUAGCACUUGCUGGGAGGCCUGUUUUCUGGCGCUGCUGAUGCCGCGCUACGUUGAGCCAUCCGUGCCGCACUUCUCUACCACAAAUGUAUAUACUUCUACUAAGAUUAGAACAGACGUUAACACGAUCUAUUGCCCGUGGAUACACAACAACGGUGGGGUUGCAGAAUUGAUUUUUGCUGCUGCUGCUGCUGUUGCUGUACAACUCGACAAACGAGAAUCGGGGUCCGUCAACGGUACUAGCAGAAAUCAUCACCGUAUUCGCCAUAGAGCCGUUGUAGUGACCAUCGUCUCAAUGGUGGUGGAAGUUGCUGCUGCAGUUGUUCUUGUUGAUUCUUGCUGCUGUAGUACGAAACACGCACAGACACAUAGAUCGACCGACAGACAGACAGACCGGCCACAACAACACGAACCAAGUGAGCGUAAACAGGCAAGCGUGAGAGUGGCCAAGCGACUGAGCCGUCAUCGCAUCCACAAUCAUCGCUGCGUUGUGUACUGACUGGCUGACUGUAUCUAACCGUAUCGCCUCGCAGGACGAGGCAAAUAAGAAAGUAAAGAAGGAACGGCCGGCAGAGUUAAGCUAACGGCUGAAAUUCGUGCUGCUUCUUGGCCAUUAUCGUUGACCACCACCAUUUGCUGGGUAGGUGCCCAGCGCCUAGUUUCGUAUGUGGCAUAAGCUGGUACUGUGUUUAGGCAGACGUGUAUGUAGACAGCGGACGACACAAACGACUGGCACGUUCAUCAGUAGGAGAUCGUGCGCUCGUCUGAAAGGACACGGCGACAUCGUACACCAAGCUUGUCCUCCCCCUUAAUCGACCAGCCUGCUAUUGCUGAAAGACAGCGCAAGCAAAAGUUACGACAUAGCAAAAAUAGCAGGUACCCACAACGGUGGCUGGCGUUGGCGGUGUUCUUCUGCAUUGAACGAACGUCGAGCCGUAACGUUACUUCACGCCUUAGCACGAACAAGCAGCGUGACAAGGACAAUUUCUAUUCUGCUAUUGCCUGACAAUCAAUUAUUAGUAUAUGGUGGACAUUGCUUAAGCAUUUAGUAGUGAGCUGAUUCGUGUUUAGUGUAUAUAUAUAUAUAACCUACAAGCAAACGUAGGCCAAGUUACAGCCACUGUAUCGAUGUAUAUAGGCGUAAAUAUCUAUACAUUAGAAAAACAGUUUUGGAGAAAACAAUUCGUGAGUGAACAGUGAUUUGCCGUCUGCAUCAAUUCGUUGAUUGGUAUAAUUACGUUACUAUUAAUUUUGCUCCGAGUGGCGUCAUUCGUUAUAUCUGCUUAAGUGGGUGUAAAUGUGUAAUAAUAUGAACAAGAAAAGGAGAUAAAGGAAAAAAGAUACAUAUGUAGAUGUUGUUAUAUAUUCAAAGCAACCCAUACCCACGAAACAUCAUAAUCUAACGUAAGUUAAAGUGGUUUCCUGGUGAAGUACAUAUGCAAUAAAGACGAACUGUUAAGAGGUAACCAGAACGAAAUCAACGAAAACGAAACGACUUCCCAACAGCGAGACAUAAGUGCCAACAUGGUUAACCCUGAUGAGAGUAUCGAUGGCCGGGUAGCUGGUGGAGGUCUCCGUGAAGACUGGGAAGCGUGGAGUAAAAAGUUUGAGGACGGUCAACUCACGAACUCAGAUUUUCGCAGUUACUGGGCACAGCAUGUACCUCGUCUGUUUGCUAUUGGUCCACAGGAUAGCUGUCUUAAUCCAAGGUUUAACGAACAGGAGAUCAACUACACCUUUUUUCACUCCUUGGAAAAAUUUAUCACCAACUCCCUGGAUCCUGAGCAAGUAAUCAAACAGCUAAAACAGAAAGAAAGUCCAGCAUCUUUUUGCGGCCAUGUCUUCAAAUCGGGCGAGCCCACUUACUCGUGUAGAGAUUGCGGCGUCGAUCCAACAUGCGUGCUUUGUGCCACGUGCUUCAAGGGAUCGGAGCACAAGCAGCACAAAUAUAAGAUGAAUAUGUCUAGAGGCGGUGGCUAUUGCGAUUGUGGAGAUCGCGAAGCUUGGAAAAGGUCACCUUCAUGUGACACGCACGACAAGGAAGCGGCCGACCGCGAGAAAGAAGAUAUUGUUCCACAUGACAUGCAAGCGCGGCUAAGACUUGUGACUGAAAGCGUGCUCACGUACGGCUAUCAGUUACUAACGUGGAACAAGCAUACGCAGCUCCCCACUGAUCUCGAGGUCGCUUUGCCUGGUGGCCAAAGAAAGGAUCUCUAUGUAACAAUGUUGUAUAACGACGAGACACACACCUACGAACAGGUCAUAACCUCACUAUCACGUGCCAUCGAAGCCAAUGAGAGGGAAGCGGUGGAGUUCGCCACGACAGUAGAUCGCGAAGGUCGAGCGAUGAUUAAAAUUGACGGAUUUCAAGAGUGCACGCAGGUGAAGCACGCUGUCGAACGAACGACGAGUCGUCACGGAGGAAAACCCCUAAAGACGAUUGUUAUGACUACCCCACUUGUAUCGCAUCAAAUCUUUGUGUCAAGAUUGGUUCAAUGGAUGGACACUUUCAUCAAACAGCUUAGAGGGUUUGCACGGAUUCUGGGCAACGUAUUGAUUACGGUGCCCACGAGUCCCAUCGAUAUCUACCCUUUGGUGCGCUGCGUUAUGCGCCAUGACACCCAACUGUGGAAGAGUGCCCGCCAGCUGUGGCAUCAACUAAUCAUUAACGGCAUCCUAAUGGAUCCGGAAUGGAAGUUGGCGUUUGCUAAGAUGUAUGCCCGAGACUACCCGGACCUGAUGAAGGACUUCAUCGCAGACGACCACGAUCAUUCGUUUUCAGUGAUGUCGCUCACGGUUCAGGUGUUUAGCGUGGUGAGCGUCGCGCACUCGCUAAUCGCAGAAGAUGGAGCUCUAGCCACGCUGAUGCGGACCUUCCUGUCAGAGUGUAGUCCACACAAAAGUGCCAGUACUGGAAAACUGGCCUUCGAUCGUAACCAUUCGAAUACUAACUUCAGAAGAUCUUUCAGACGGGCCCAAUUCAUCCUAUUCGACCUCAAGUAUCUACUGUACGUGCAGCCGACCCCACCGUGGAGUGAGGAACUGCGGAAGAGCUUCUCGAACGGCCUCGAGACAGUUCUGCAACUGUUGUCUAUGAUGCAUUGCAUGGAUGCCGUAACGAGACAGGUUGGACAGCACGUCGAAUUCGAGGCUGAAUGGGAAACCGGCAUCAAUAUACAACUCAAGCUGAGCACCAUUGUCUCGAUGCUGCUUGAAUGGUGUGAAAAUGAUAGGGACAUGCUCAUCAGGGCUGUCCGGAGGACUCUGUGCCAUCUCAUUCAGUCAGACAAAAGCUGCUGUAACUCGGAAGUUGUCUACGUUCAGCGCUCAAUAGCCUGUCACCCGGGAGAGGUGACCUGCAUAGAUUACGAUGUUACGACGCAACCGAUCAGUGUCCAUCUGGCACUAUCGCGCUUUUUAUCAGGACUCCUCCUUGCCACGCAUAAAUAUAGCUUAGACUAUUCGUCGCAUCAGUUCGAAGUUGAAAACAAACCAUCAUUGAUUCAGAUCAUGGAACAGCCGCUUCGUCUACAGGUCAUGGUAGCUCAAUUCCGUGCUAGUAUGUGGCGUCGUAAUGGCUAUUCUUUACUAAAUCAGGUGUUCUUUUACACGAAUUUUCGUCUUCGGACAGAGACCUUUGAUCGGGAUAUAGCGCUACUGCAGUACUGCGCGGCAAGACUCGAACCAAAUGAGUUGUUAAUUCACUUCCUGAAUAGGUUCGAUUUGUUACAAUGGUUUUCGAAUCUCGAUUACUCGCUAACGAAUUUGGAGGGCACGCCGGACACAUCUGCGACCUUGUGCGAUGACUUUCUUACGUUGAUACUCUACCUGAUUGCGGAGAGGCAUCUACCGGGUGUUGGCCAAGUCAAUGAGACGGAGCGCGUAAAACAGGAGAUCAUUCAACUGCUGUGCAUCGAGCCAUUCCCGCAUUCGCAACUUGUAAAGCAAGUGCCUGCCAGAUACGACGACAGUGCAAUGGAAAUCAUUCUUGAAAAGGUGCUGCGAGAAGUGGCCGUAUUCAAGCGGACCGCAACUGUUGGCUCAGUUGGCAAAUACGAACUUAAGCCCGAGUAUUACAAAUUCUUCAACCCGUUCUUCUACCAUUACAGCAGAGAGGAGCAAAGCAAGGCCGAAGAAUCCCAGUUGAAGCGGCGCAAGGCUGCAGGUGAACCAGGCUUCUGUCCUCCCCCUGUUCUUCCAAACUUCACCAAAGAGUUCAAGCCAAUUCUAAAUAUUCUAGAUUGUAACACCUUCGGACAUAUUGUUAACACUAUUCUACAUCGAUGCGCCACUGGAUCUACCGUCUUCACGGACGCGCAGAUGGAGCGAGUACUGCAUCUGGUGAUUAUCGGUCUGGAAGAGGUGGCUCGGGGUACUCUUCCUGCGACCUUUUCCACCCGUAUGUCCAGCCUCAAGGACAACUUUGAGAGGGCUUAUCCAAAACUGGAAGAGAAUAGUGCGGUUAAAGCUCUCAUGGCCUACGUAAUCAAGCGGCUAAAUACACCGAUCAGCGGCGACUGCUGCGACUCGACAAUGGCUGAAGCAGAGUCUUCUGUGUCGUCAUCAAGCCGAACCAAACGCGGCCGUAAUGCUGAAGCUGCAGCUGCACGCCGCGCCAAGAUUCUCGCACAAAUGUGUGCGCAGCAGAGUCAUUUCGUCAAGGAGUAUGCUCACAUGUUUGAAUUAGCUGAAACAGCGGAUGAAGUAAAAGAGGACGUACCCAAAUUCAUCUGUAUUCUCUGUCGCGAGGAAGAGGUUGUUUCGUCGCAGGCUAAACAAUCGCUUGUGGUUUCUGCUUUCGUACAGAAGUCAGCUGUUUUGCAAAAAUGCGCACGGGACAAUCCAGCCGAAAGCGUGAUUUUCAGCGCUCCACUGGCGAUGGGUUUGCCCCCAUCGGACCUUCGUGGUGGUGCACACAUGUCCACUUGCGGUCACGUGAUGCACUGGGAUUGCUGGGAGGCAUUCUAUCACCUUGUACAGACAAAAGAACGCCGUCGCCCCGUCAGAUAUGGCCGACAUGUCAGCUUCGAUGUUUCCCAGGGCGAGUUCCUGUGCCCACUAUGCGAGUGCCUCUCCAACAGCGUGAUCCCAAUAGUACCGUGCCAAAAAGACGAGACAAAAAUAGACCCCAUUGCCGAGCAGACGCUCUCAGAAUGGCUCGAUUCUGUUAGGAGCAUCGCGGACAGUGCCACGCCAAUGGGAAUCGACGUGGGCUGCGAAGAGCCCAGUUCCUUACCGGUCAGUCCAAGAAGGCUAGACGGAAACCCGGCUGAAAACCCAGCCCAAGAAGCCGUAGAUGAAAAUCAAGAACGAGCUCCAACGGCUUCGUCUGCCGAACAGGCAUUACGAAACAAACUGUGGGUUCCACCAGGAGGUGUUCGAACUGAUCAAAGCUCGAUACAGCUCCCGCCCAAAGCGGAAUCAAUGCUACAGAGGUUUGUGUCGACAACAAGCCAGGUUGUUCUAGGGGACGAAGAAGAUGCGUUCCUAGCGGUAACCUGGACGUUGGCUUACACUAUUCAGGCAACCGAAUGGUGUAUUCGUUCCGAAGACAAGGCCCUACUCGCAGAUAUCUCGUCUCGAAAACUUUACUGCCUUGAAAAUAUGAUUAAAGCUACACAAGUUGCUUCAGUGUUGGGCAUCAUCAAGUCGUCGAAUGUCGCCUCUGACGCCCUGCAAGCGCUUAGAUGUAUCCUGUUGCCACAAACUGAGGUCGAUUCCUGCAUCCUUGAGAUCGAUCCAUUUGGACUGCUUUGCAUGCUCCAUUCCUCGCUGCACAAGGUGACCAAUAGUGAUGCGUUUACGCUUAACAAGAACCUGCUUUCACUCGUCAUGACGAUGCAUAUCGUACAAAUCGUCAUUUCGCUCUAUCUACAAAAGGACAAGCAAGCCGAUGAGGCGACGACUAGCACAAGCAGCACCGGCACCAAUAGUACUACGAGUACUAAUAUUGAAAUGGGUGAUUUUCCAGCAACGAGUGCCGGAGCCCCGGCGCUAACAGGAUCGUUUGACGCAGACCGCAUCAACGAAUUUGCUGGAGAAGUACUGCUUGCUGCAGGUCUGUCAGCAAAUCACCGCUUCCCCCCAGCGAUUCGCGUGAUUGAAGCUCUCGUGCCCUUUUUACGAGCCACGGCAAUACUGCAAUAUUUCGUCUCACCUCGUGACUGUGAUGGUCGUAUGCGCAACAAUAAACUAAACGAUCCUGUGAGUCUAACCCAGUUCAUCGGUAUCUCGGUCGGUCAUAUCGAGGCUAUGCUACGAUGUCGGCCGUUACGUGAGCUUGCUCUGUCGUGGGCACGACAGCCGAAAGUACUCCAUCUCGCCACGUCCCACUGGAAGCCUAUCUAUCCAUUAAAAGUAAACUCUUUGAUUCAGCUACCUAACGACUAUUCCGAGCUGAUCAAUUAUGUCGCGUUAUUGACGUGUCCGAGCUCAGAGGGCGAAAUUAACAUUCUCGGUGACGAGGUCCGAGCCCCCACGAUGUGUCUCGUCUGUGGGGCUGUUCUUUGCUCGCAGAGCUACUGUUGUCAGACAAUGUGGGGCAAUCAACGAGUCGGUGCUUGCGUUGCGCAUGCAGCGAAGUGUGCCUCAGGUGUAGGCGUAUUCUUGAAAAUUAAGGAUUGCCGCGUUAUGCUACUCGUUGGCGACUCGAAGGGCGCCUUUUCGAGUCCACCAUAUGUCGACGAGUACGGAGAGACCGACCCGGGAUUGCUACGCGGAAACCCACUUACGUUGUGUAACUCUGCCUACACGCAACUCAAUCAGCUAUGGCUAUCGCACAGCGUCCCUGAGCAGGUUGCUCAUGCGCUUGAAGCUUCUACAAGUCUCAGUUCGACUAAUUGGGCGCUAAUGUAACAUGUAAUCUAAAAGGUGUUUAAUAGGUACAUAACAAAAAAACAAGAGAACAAGCUAUUUAGGCAGUAGCAGAGACUAUUAAGGGGGUGGCUACGACGUGGGAUUGUACAUCAUUCUAUCUAGUGUAAGCGAAUAAAGAAAUGAGUCUUUAUUUCACACUCGACAUUUUAAACUGGCGUGUUACCUGAUAUCACUAAUGAUACAAAUAAAUGAUAGAAAAAUUUGUCUAACACCAACA